AUGAUGGAUGAUUGUCGGACUCCAACACCGGAAAAAGACUCAAAAGAUGCAUUGACUUCUCCAACACCACCGACUUCAAAUGAUUCUUCUAGAGCAGUGUCUGAAGUUUCGAAUGAGUCUGAUGGUCUUUCGGAAGAGGUUUCCGAUGAAUCAGAAACUCUGUCAGGAGGGCACUCAGAUGCAUCUAACGCUCCAUCAGGAGAGCGCUCCGAUAAAUCAGAAACACCGUCAGAAAAAUCAGGAGCUUGGAAUGAUGCCGCAGACGCACCUGAGAGAACAUCGUCAACAGCUGCCGUUCAAGAUCAGCAAGGGACAUCCGUGACAUCAGCACCACAAAUGGCGCAGCAAGCAACUAGUUUCAUUGACCGACCAAAUCUGUUUCCAAGAUACAUGCCACUAUCUGCUGAGCAUUUUUUCGCUCACUGUCAACCUCGGGAUCAUUUGAUUUUUCAUCACAACGACUUCAUGAUCAAAAUGUACCACCAGCUUCACCCACUCAGUUUCAGCGAUCAUGGGAUUCGGGAUGUUGUACAAAAUUUGUACAACCACAUCAUAAGCGCUGAUAUGAUAUUUGGAGAUAUUGCACGAGGAAAACCAAUUUUGAUGAGAGAAAUGCAACAACAAGUUCGAGAUCUUGGAAACAUUAUGCACUUGAACAAUCUUCUUCCACCGCCGCUUAUGUCAUCAAUGCCGCCGCCUAAUCCACUCAAAAGAAAAGACGCACCCACCGAAGUCACUUAUACCUGUUUCGAACCAAAGAACAUCCGAUUGAUCGCAAAAUUUGAAGAUCAGCGUUUAAAUCAAUGA